GCCACGGACGGUGCCGGCGCUCUGACUCCCCUACAUUCAUUGUACAUCUGAACAUACCAGUGGCAACAUGUUGCAAGUUUUUGUCUUCCUCUCAUUUGCCUAUGUUGCUAGAUGCAACAUUUGUUGUGUACCUCGCCAGUGGGAGGGACAGGAAGGGUCACAGCUUGGAAGUAUGAUGGACGGGGCAGCAAUCCCUAACUUUAUCCAGAGUUCCGUACACGUGUCUUACGAUGCCAUCAACCAGAAAGUGGCAGCCACCCAGUACAUGGACGUGGACGGAUACCAGAUCCAGGCCAAAGUCAUCAUGGACUACAGAAAUGGUGUACAAUACUCAAUCAAUGGUACAACUUGUACACGAACCACGCUUCCAGCAUUCCAAGAAAACUGUAUCCCAGAUGGUGCCCAGGAGACUGAACAAACCCUAGGGGCUGGAGGAAAAUCCCUGGCCGUCAAGACGUACACCAUGAUGGUGGCAAACCUGAGUGUCACUGCCCAGGUUACCGAGGCAGGCUGUAUACCCAUAUCAGAGACCAUUAUAGGAUAUUCCGCUGGAAGAAACAUCCACCUGGUGACAGGGUUUAGUGGCAUCACUCCUGGCAUUUCCAAUCCCACCGUUUUCAAUCCUCCCGUUAUGUGUAUGGCAGGUCCUAUUUAUCCUGCUGAUAUUUCUAUGAGAAAGAGAGUGUCCUUUCUUCAUCCAUUGUAAAUUUUCUUUUCCUUACUUCUGUAUACAUCAUUAUUAAAUUUUGUACUUGUAACCAUAAAAAA